UGGAUCUCAGUUGGCCCCUUUUGUGUUGUCGGCUUGUCAACGUCGUUGUCAGACCUUUCGGAAAAAGUUGUUGAAAUUCUGCAUUCGUUGUAACAGAAAAUCUUGGACAAUGAUUCGAGCAACUUUGAUGGCCAGAAACCAUUUGAAAUGCAAUCCAUUUGUGGCUGGAUGCCGGGUCCAUUUCUGGGCUGGCUCUUCUACCUUAAAGGUGCGUAGUGGUAACAAGUCGGUGGUAGUGCUAAAUUCCCAUCGCUUAUACUCUGUGGAAGGAACAGAAGGUAGCAAGCCGACCAACUUUAUGGAUGUUGGGCCGAUUGGGGUGAAUGAUCAGGGUCACCCACAGAAGGGAACUGCUACCACGGAGUUGCGUGCACCACCGACAAUUGUAGGCAAACUGGGCAAAAUCGAGCCCCUGGAGACUUGCGUGAACUUCAAGGACAAGUGCGACGAGGGCAUUCCCCCGGAGGGACAGGAAAAGCAGGAAAAGCAGAGCGAUAAUCAGAAGAAGGCUAAGGAGGCCCAGGAUGCGGCUGCCAAGAAGUUGCAGGAUAUCGUGGCAAAUCUGCCCAGCAAGCAGCAGACCGAGAAGUACUUUUUCCGCGUGGUUGCCUUCGCCUAUGAUCUAACCUACCUCACUGGUACCUGGGUGCUGCACUUUAUCGAUCAAAACAUCAUUCAGAACGACAAGGUGCAGCAUUACUGGAAGCGCUUCCACGAGAAAAUGGAACAGGCCAAGAAGGAUUAACCCGCAGCGGAGUGUAUUUAAUAUCCGAAUGCAUGCACAACUAAACAAAAUAAAGAUAACAUGCUGACAACCAGGAAA